CCUGUCGCUCUUCGUGCGGGCGUGCGGCACACCACCAGAAGAGCGGCCGAGCGGCGCAGAGAAGAGAGAACCAGCCGAGCGGAGCGGCUGCGCUUCCGGAGGGAGGAAGGAGGAUGGAGAAGGCUCUCACCAAGCUCGGCAGCUUCACAAUCUCCCGCAAGGCCAAGCAGGAGCUCUCCGCCAUCGGUGACGACAUCUCCCGUUUUUCGAGCACGGUGGAGGAGAAGGCAAAAUGGGUGUUCGAGAAACUCAAAGGGCACAAGAAGUCGCUCCCUGAUCUACUGCGCGAGCACAACCUCCCUCCAGGUCUCUUCCCUCGUAACAUCAUCUGCUACGAGUACGACGAAUCGACCUCGAAGCUGGUGGUGCACCUGUCCAAGCCCUGCGAGGUGAGCUUCAAGGAUUCCUCCACCGUAAGGUAUGCUCCUCGUGUCAAGGCGACUCUGUCCCGAGGCAAGCUUUCCGGGGUUGAAGGCAUGAAGACCAAGGUGGUGGUAUGGGUGAAGGUGGCCAGCGUGAGCAUCGAGAGCUACAAGUCUGACAAGAUAUGCUUCAUCGCCGGUGUGAAGAAGCUGAGACCGAAGGAUGCUUAUGAGGUCCCUCGUGAAGCCAUCUCUGUCGAGGAGUUCUGAGCUCAACUCAACUCCAUUGGUUUGCCUACGUAGUAUCAUUCAUUCGUAGCAUUUUUCGGGUCCCAUGUGAUCGGCGAUUGAUGUGCUGUGAUUUGGUAGCUUUGUACUGAUAUUGGAAGCAUGUGGAUCUGUUCUGCCUGGCAGAAGAUAACCCGUGCAUGUUAUCUGACGUGACGAGUCCUUCACAUGUGUCCUGGUCCUGGUUCUGCAUUGGCUGCUCCUAGAGUUCACGUGUUCCUGUUUUAUUUUAUAUAUAUGGUAUUGCACUGCAUGUGGUUAGUUGCACGGUGUUGGACACC